AAGUAAGAUUGACGUGAUCCUGUCUGGAAAAUGGCGUCAGAAGAUUUGACUGGAAAUUUACAAAAUUAUCAAAUUCAACUACAACAGGUAGAGUUUGCCCUAACAUCUGACCCAGAGAAUGAAGAACUGCUGAAGUUAAAGAAGGACUUGGAGGAAGUCUUAAACUUAACACAAGAGCUUCUUAAAGCUGGUUCAAGUGAUACAGUUGGAACAGCAGCAUUAACUGAAGAAGCUGGAACUGGUCCAAAGCAGAUCAAAUACAGUUGGCAACCUGGAGACAAGUGUUCAGCCCCAUGGUCUGAUGAUGGACAGUAUUAUAAUGCUGUCAUUGAUGACAUCACUGAGGAUGGACAAUGUACUGUAACCUUCAUCAGUUAUGGAAACACAGAUGUAACUUUAUUAUCAAAGUUGAAGCCAGUUAUUGGAAAUCUCGAUGGAGAAGGUGGUGGGGAAACUGCUUUAAAAUCCAAGAAACAGAUAAUUAAAGCCCAAAGAGAGUAUAAAAAAAAGAAGGCACAGAAAAAAGCUCAAAGGUUAAAGCAGAUUGAAGAAGAUAGAGAAAAAGAAAAGUCCAAAUGGCAACAGUUCAAUUCUAAGGCUUUUUCCAAAAACAAGAAAGGCCAGGUCAAAAAGAGUAUUUUUGCUACUCCAGACAACAUCAAUGGUCGAGUGGGAGUGGGCACAUGUGGAAUUGGAGGGAGACCCAUGACAGAAUUUCAUCAGCAAGAAAAAUGGAAGCGACCUAUGAUUGGACCUCUUGGUCAGAAUGGACCACCACAACAGAGUGAUAAGUUCUUUGGUUAGGUAAAGCAUUGUAAAUAUCCAGCCUGAGUCACCAUCACCCAGUACCUCAGAAUAAUAAUAUCAUUAAUACAACAUGAGGUCAGGUGUAUUAGACAAACAGCACCUGAGACAUUAAGCAACUUUUCCAGAUCCAAAUGUGACAUUGAGGUUUCUCAGAGCCUCACUUUAAAAGAGAUGUGUGAUAUCAGUGUUUGCUACUGUUAAUUCAAGCAGAAAUGAAAUUAUAAACAUCAUAGUCAAAAUCACUAAAUCCUUUUAUUUUUUAUGUUCACAAAAAUUUGUAAUUGUAAAUGUACAAAAGGGUAAAAGUAUACAAAAGUACUGGUGUAAAUCUAAUUCUUUGAAAUUAUGAUUUCACAGUUGUACUAAUUUUCCCAGUAGCUACAGUGAAUGCAAAAAAAAAGUAAAAAUAUGUUUGAAGUUUACUUGCAUAGCAUAAACCAUCACUUCUCUGUCUUUGAUUCUUAUGCUUAAUAGUAUUAAGUAAAAUAAAAUAUUAGUGUUAUGUGGAUUCAUCUUUUUUUUUUUUUUGCUUAACUCUAUUUUUAUAGAAUCCUACAAAUUUGCUCUCAGCAAAUUAACAUAUUUUACUUACCUGCUGUCCUGAUCUUUCAUUUUGCUUUUUGUUGACGAGCACUUAACUGUCAGAUGUAAAAUUUUAAUUUGAUUAGGAUGUAUUUAGAGUAAAUAAUCCAACAUUAAUCUUGAUUCAAAUAUCAGAUGAGUUUUCUGGUUUUAUGUUUGUUCUUCAUACAGGUAUAUCAUACACACUCAGUAAAAGGAUACCUGUUCAUUAAAGCUGUGCUUUUAGUGAAUUUUAACAUUAUUCAGACCUUAACAGUGUAAAGUUUUUCAGGUUGACUCUGUUAUCGUAGCUUGCUCCUUACUUUUGACGUAGGUCUUCGGUGGAUUGUGUGCUGGUAAAAUAAUAUAUGGAUAAUUUUUCUCUCCACUAAUGUGUAUUUUCUUGAAGUUUUGAAAAACCUAUUGCUAUGUAUAGUGAAUCAAAACCUCAUUCUUUCACAGUUUCACUAGCAUAUUUUUCUUUCAAAGCUUUUUUUUAACGUAGUUGCCAUCUGCUGAUUAUUAUUAUGUUUGCUGUAAAGCUACUUUCCACAAAGGGUAAAAAAUUUGAAGAUUUCUCCUAGCCUUGAAAUUAGUGAUGAUAUCUUAAUGAAACAGUGCUUAUAAGUUGUAAUGAAAAUAGCUUAUCAACCAUGAUUUAUGUUUUUAAUAAUUCUAGCUUUCAGCCUGCUUUUAAAAGGAAUCAUCAGUAAAAAUGAAACUUUAACAGAAAGUUAUUUUCAACUUAAUUCAUUUAUUUGACAUAGUAAUUGGGUGACCAGUCUUACAGUGUAAGGAGAUCAAAAAUAUUUCUUUCCAAAUGAAAUAUGUUCUUAAUUUAACUUCCUGAUGAGCAAGUUAAUCAUAAAAUUUAUAUUUCUGCAAGUUUCAUUCGAUUGGGUAAUUUCCUAACGAAGUAAAACUUAGUAAUCAGUACUGUGCUCUCCUCACAGCAUUUAAUAAUAAAGAAGCAUUGAAGCCUUUUUGAUAUCCAGUCUGUUUUUUACUUUGUUAUGAAUAUGACUGAAAUUACUAGAUAUGCACUCAGUGGGUGUAGAAGUGGCAGGUGUACCCAGCAGCUGAAGGGCAUUAUCCACAAAUUCAGAUCAAAUGCCAGAUGCCUUUAUAUCUCUCUACCAGGUUACAGGGUUGGGUUGAAUGGCUGACUCUGUAAAAAAGGAGGCUGAGAAAUGGGACCUCUUGGCCUCAAAGGCAGUAAGGGUGGUAAUUGAUGUAGGGUUCAUGAGCUAAAUGUUGACAGUCUCAAGCUGUUCAGGAUUGAGCUCUUCUCAUACAUAUUUUGAGUAUCAUUAGUGGGUCAUUAAAUGUUCAAGCUUUAAAAUCUGGUUAAAGCAACCAGUGACAGCUUUUGUGUAGGGCUUAAGAAUGGAGUUACUAAAAGAUCAGUCCAGGGAUGACAGGCUUCCACUUUAGCAUUGAUUAGUAGCAUUUGCAAUGGGUUAAAUUUACUCUAGCAGGUCUCUCUUUUUGUACGAGUUGUAAUCCAUUAUAAUUCAUUCCAAUGCUGCAUCUGUCUCAUACUCAUGUCCUUUUACUGUCUGCAUCAGAAACACCAUGUUGUGAAGGGCUAUGUCAAGGCUGUCUUUUCCACCUUGCAUCUUCAGGCCUUAGGCUUGUGGUGGUAUUUCAUAUACUUACGGAUUCCCACUAUAUAUAUAUAUAUAUUUUACAACACCCUGCAGAGUAAUAUCCUGUUCCAAUAAAUUCAACAUGUGUGCAGAACACACAUAUACACCACAAGAUCAUCAUCUGCUUUCAAUGCAUUUUUUAUAUUUUCCAUAUUUCUAGCAUUAUCAAUAACCAUGCUUUUUACUACACAGUUAUACUCAUCACUGAUAACAUCCUGUAGUGUCUUGACUUUGCUUUAAGUUAAUGUCAUAAUUUUUGAUAGAAAUUUGAUCUUUCCCAUCUAAAGCAGUCCAAUACAAAGAAACAUGUUGAAAAUAAUAGGUUUUGGAACCCAUAAACUGUGGUGACUUAUUCAAAAUAGUUAGAAUCUGACAUUAUGAUGUGUGAAAAGAUAUCUUUAAUUUGUCAGGUAUUCGGUUUAUUUCUGUCUCAUAGAAAAGUUUCAAUGUAUGUACAUGUAUGUUUGCCUGUACUAUAUCUGCAUUUGAUUUAAUAAAUAUUUGUGUUGUUUUUAACAAA